GGAUCGGCGUGUAGGGGCGUCGUUGCUGCGUGCAAUGUGUAUCGUGUAGGCGUUGGCGAGGAGGAGACAAGUACGGGGAUGUGUCCGUAAAAAAGUUGCGGUUUCUGCGUACUCUGCCGCACGUGCACGCUCGAAAUCGUGUCCCGGAAGCCGCCGUGUCCCCAGGGGAUCGUCGAGGAGCGGUCGUAUCGCUCGCGUAGGCCGCGGCUGUCCGUUGAAACGCGGGGCCCCGUAACAAUCACGGGUGCCAGGAAGAAGAAAAAAAGUGCGGUCGGUGUUCGUUCGUUCGUUCUCUCGUCGGGAGGAGGCCACGUAUCGUGCGUGUGUAUCUCGACCGGCCUUGUCACGGGGACGUUGCUCUGUCGAAGCGGGGGGAAACAACUCGCCCCGACGGGGAGGAGGAGAGGAGGACGGCGGCCGGAGAGCACACGGUGCGCGCGUGCACCGAGAGAGGAAAGACGCCCGUACCAGGAUGCCAGGACGUCCCGAUCGCGGGCCUAUUGAGACGGUCAGUGUUCCACGCGCGAGUUAAUUCCGUGCCGCGUGAAUCCGGAGCGCUAUCGUUGGCCUCGCGCUCUCGCGACGCGUACACCGAGACGGGCACAACAGGAGAGCCGAGAGAGCCGAGAAGAGAGACAGCGUGACGGUGGGAGAGAAAGAGAGAGAGCCAACGGCGCGUUUGUGUAGGAGAUGUUCGGGAUCUCGGAGCGAGAUCCUGGUGCGGGAGGAUUCGGCUAUCAGCGGUCACGAUCGAGCGUAUUAUCGCAGCUCGGUUGUCCGAGCGUACGAGGCGCACGCUUCUGCUCUCGCUAGCCAUAGCAGUCCGCGUACGCCCGUACCCAGCGAGCAAAGGCACGCGAGAACAGAUUUGAUAUCGUCGCCGAGCAGAUUUUUCGGAGCGCGUCGUCGUCGCCGCCGCCGCCGCUGCCGCUACUGCGUGUGACUCAGGCGACAAAGGAUAACGUCACGGAACCGGAGAUACGUAUUUUUCCUCCGCCGACGUUCCUCUCUCGCGCGUUCCGCGUCGGGGCUCGAUGAUAGUGGCGCGGUUGACAGUGCGACUGCUCUCUGUCGGCGUGGAUUUCACGGGACAUCGUCGCGUCGGGGCUCGCGUGGCGUGAAAAAGAAAAACGAGACGGACGCGCGUGCGAAGCCUGGAGUUGGCCCUCUUGGAUGGUUAACCGCGGGAACAGCUCGCCGUCGGCCAGAUAUCUGGGAUAUCCGGGGAUACAUCGUCAUCGUCAUCGGUGGCGACCGGCUACUGCGUCGCGCGUCAACGCUUCUUGGAAUGUGACGGGCGACUCCCGGCGUGGGAAAUAUCGUAGAAAAGGAGACGCCUUCGACUGCUGAGCGGCAAGAGACCAAAAAUCAGCUGGUAUGUCAAAUAAUCAGCUGGUUGACUCCUGUCUGCUGGUGAAUCGUCGGAUCGAGAAGCGACAGGAGCACAGCAUUACGCGCACCGAGAUCACGCAGAGACGCGUUCUCCAGGAAAAAGGACCCGACAUGCCGCAAUACACCGGGCAGAGUGAUGCAGAUUACCACGGAAGUAACGGCCAGGCGGACACCCACUCGUUGCAUUCGUCUCAUUUGUCUGUACAAGAGGAUCCAUUACUCAUCCGGUCCCACAAGCAGCAGACUACUCAACAAGUGACAAGCGUGUCGAAAGUAGUGCGCGAAGUUUCACACAUGGAGCCGGAUCCAGGAGCGGUCAGCUACAUGUCGGUGCCAUUGAUGUCGCAGGACUAUCAGCACGCGGACCCGCGGUACCCGACGGACUCGUACAUGGUCGGGUUCGAGCAUUAUGAGCCGUUCAUCGCUUAUCCACCUCAGCCGGGGUAUCCGGGUCCGCACGGCAUCUACAUGCCGCGCUCGCAUUCCCCUCACAGCCCUCAUAGUCCUUCGGAGCACAGUCGUGCCUCGCCCCCACAUGAAUACCUGCGUAAAGCGGCGCCGUACGUGGAGACCGGGUACAACGACAUCGAUCCAGGCCUGAAUCCAGCUUUACAGGAUCAUUAUCGUAUCACUCCUAGUCCAGGCGGUCCCGGGGAUCAGUACGAUCAAAUCAGCAACUCUUGGAAUAUGGAUGACUCUGGCGAACCCUCUCAGCAUCCUCAUGACGAGAGUAAAGUGCCGUACGGUUACGUGUCUCCGUCCCCCUACGGACCAGUCGGAUACGGGCCAGGCGUAGGUGUAGGUCCGGUCACAGUUCCUAGCGAUGUACCCGGCUACGACGAGGGCCACCCGGUCCCCCUAUCGUCGGGAGUACCACCAGGAAUGUUCGAGGACGAGGUCCACCUUCAACGGCUACAGUCGCGGCACCCGGUGGUGCCCGGCAUGGCGAGCCCGUUGGACGACGACCAGAAGUCGAUGAGAUGGCGGGACCCGAACCUGUCCGAGGUGAUCGGGUUCCUGAGCAAUCCGAACAACAUCAUCAAGGCGAACGCCGCCGCGUAUCUGCAGCAUCUCUGCUACAUGGACGACCCGAACAAACAGAAGACGAGAAGCCUGGGCGGGAUCCCACCGUUGGUCCAGUUGCUGGAUCACGAUAAUCCGGACGUUUAUAGGAACGCCUGCGGGGCGUUGAGGAACUUGUCUUACGGCAGACAGAACGACGAGAACAAGAGGGCCAUCAAGAACGCCGGCGGUGUGCCGGCCUUGAUCAACUUGCUUCGCAGGACAUCGGACGCCGACGUGAAGGAACUGGUCACCGGGGUUUUAUGGAACCUGUCGUCCUGCGAGGACCUGAAGAAGUCCAUCAUCGACGACGGGGUCACGAUGGUGGUGAACAAUAUAAUCAUACCGCACAGCGGCUGGGACCCCAGUUCUUCCAGCGGAGAGACCUGCUGGUCCACGGUCUUCAGGAACGCCUCGGGGGUCCUGAGAAACGUCUCCAGCGCCGGGGAGUACGCGAGGAAAAAGCUGAGGGAAUGCGACGGCUUGGUCGACGCGCUGCUCUACGUGGUCCGGUCGGCCAUCGAGAAGUCGAACAUCGGCAACAAGAUCGUGGAGAACUGCGUCUGCAUCCUGAGAAACCUGAGCUACCGGUGUCAAGAGGUCGAGGACCCGAACUACGACAAGCAUCCCAUCCAGUCGACCGUGCAGAACAGGGUGGCGGCGCCCGCCAAAGCGUACAGUUUAUGUCAAGGUGAGAAUCUGGGUUGCUUCGGCGGCAGCAAGAAGAAGAAGGACGGCCAGCCGGUGCAGAAGGAGACCACAGCCUCGCGCACGACCAGUCCUAGGACAGAACCGGUCAGAGGCAUGGAGUUGCUCUGGCAACCAGAGGUGGUGCAGUCCUACCUGAAGCUGUUGCAAACUUGUUCAAACCCGGAGACACUCGAGGCAGCUGCCGGGGCUCUUCAGAACCUCGCGGCUUGCUACUGGCAGCCGAGCAUCGAGAUUCGUGCAGCUGUGAGGAAGGAGAAAGGACUUCCCAUUUUGGUAGAACUGCUGCGAAUGGAGGUGGAUCGUGUGGUCUGCGCGGUGGCCACGGCGCUCAGGAACCUAGCAAUAGAUCAACGUAACAAAGAAUUGAUAGGGAAGUACGCGAUGCGAGAUCUCAUCCAGAAGCUACCGUCUGGCAACAACCAACACGACCAGGGAACGAGCGACGACACCAUCGCCGCCGUUCUGGCUACUCUGAACGAAGUUAUAAAGAAGAACGCCGAAUUCUCGCGGUCACUGCUGGACGCCGGUGGCGUGGACAGAUUAAUGAACAUCACCAGGCAACGCCAGAAGUACACGCCUCGUGUUCUUAAAUUUGCAGGACAAGUAUUAUUCACCAUGUGGCAGCACCAAGAACUGAGAGACGUCUACAAGAAGCACGGAUGGAAGGAGCAAGAUUUCGUGACGAAAACGGUGGCGGCACGAAAUUCAGGGCCUAAUUCACCCAACAAUGCAAAUAGCUAUGAUUGUAGCACUCUGAACCGACCGAUGGCGAGCCAAGGGAGCACCAGAUACGAGGACCGAACGAUUCAAAGAGCGAAUAUGAAUUCUAAUAACGUUGGUCGACCGAAUAUAUAUCAGUCUCAACCGAAACCCGGUGAGCCGCUCUACGCGCAAGUUAACUUGGAGAAGAAAAAGAAGCGGCAGUAUGAGCUGGGGGUGGGCCAGGGACAGGGUCAGGGCCCGGUAGGCGGCGGAGUGGGCGUGGCGGCGAUCCCACCGACGGCCGGCCAAUGGGUGACCGACGGCGUGGUGGGCGUGCCCGACGGCUCCGCGGCCACCGCGACGGUGAACGUUCCGCCGAACUCGACCGCGGCUUCCGCCGGCGAUUCCUGGGUAUAACAGAGUCGAAAUGCUGUUCCUGGAGCCCAGGGUGCUCGAGUUUGCCUUCCCCCGAGCCUGUACGCCUAGGUUGCCGACGGACGAACGCAGAACAGGAGGAACCUCUCUUGUGUCGGGAGGUGUGGAGACUGGUUUAUGGACAGCCCUCGCGCCGAUCCUAGACACCGUGCAAGCAAGCAAGCAAGAAGGACCGGGAUGAUCGUUUUCGUUGCCGAUUGUUUUUCAUUCUGUCGAUGGUCCGGCGUUGUCCGGAAAAGGGCGGAGCUUAGGAGAUUAGGAGGUUAAGAGAUUAGGAUAGAAUCCUUUGUUUUGAGGAUUUUGGAAUCGUUGGAUUGUUGAGGGCUGGAGCAGAGGGAAUAGGAAGACUGAGGACGGAGAAGGGUGUAGCUUUCUCUCGGUUACCGCGGAGAGAAGAUCAUCUUAAUCUUAGUAUGGUUGUUUUCAUUGUCGAGGUGAUUCCGAAACGAUUGCACCCACCACCCAGCACCCCACCCCACGUUUUUGUCGUGUAUAGUAGGCGGAAAGCGACUUGUCCGACCACAUCCGCAGCAGUAGUCGCACCAAUGGCUCUAAACCUUCAUUGCACAAUUCUAAAUUAAUAUAUACACGUAACUAUACGCAUUAUAAAUAUUAUACAUAUAUGUAUAUUGUAAGGGGUACUCGCUGUGGCGGUUACGAGUGCCGGCGUAAAAGUACUAUUAAGAUUAAGUAGACGGUAUUAUUGCUAAUAUUAUUAUUAUUAUUAUUAUAAUUACGAUUUACGAUGAC